CAGUGCACGCGCGAAAGUGGCUUGGCCGGUGUUGCUUGUGUACUUGUGUGUUCAAGACUAACCUCCUGCUGCUAAGGCGUCCAUUCCUCUUCAAAUUAUUUACCUUUCUCUACAAACCGAGCAACGACACUUAGUGGAGAAUGGCGGACCGAGAGGAGUGCGUAUAUCGCGCCAAGCUGGCGGAGCAGGCAGAGCGUUAUGACGAGAUGGUAGAGAACAUCACGAAUGUCGCCAAGCUUGGCCAAGAGCUGACCGUUGAAGAGCGCAAUCUUCUCAGCGUCGCUUUCAAGAACGUCAUUGGUGCACGCCGGCAGUCUUGGCGGAUAAUCGCUGGCAUUGAAGGCAAGGAGGAGAGCAAAGGGAAGUCGAGUGCCCUGACCAAGGAGUACCGUGAACGGAUUGAGAAAGAGCUGACCGAUCUCUGCGGUGACAUCAUUUCUCUGCUCGACGACUACCUCAUUCCUAAUGCCGCAGGGCCGGAAUCCAAGGUCUUCCUGUACAAAAUGAAGGGUGAUUACUUCCGCUACAAAGCCGAGUUCUCGCAGGGUGAAGCGCGCUCUGAAACGGCCGAAUCCUCUAAUAAUGCUUACAGCGAAGCAUCUACGGCGGCUGAGGCAAUGCCACCCACGCAUCCUAUUCGUCUUGGUCUAGCACUGAACUACUCGGUCUUCCACUACGAGAUCAAUGGCAACCCUGACAGGGCCUGUCAGCUAGCCAAGUCCGCCUUCGACUCUGCAAUCUCUGAGCUGGACACCCUGAAUGAGGAUUCCUACAAGGACUCUACGCUCAUCAUGCAGCUACUGCGCGACAACCUGACUCUCUGGACGGCUGACACCGGUGGAGCAGGCACCGGCGGUGACCUGGAGGUGCAGGAUGUGGAGGAAUAGAAGAACAGCAGCAGUCGUAACACUUUAGUGGUGCCAGUGCCAGCAGCAGUGAGCGUGUGAUGCUGAUGAUGUCAGUGAUGAUGUCAGUGAUGAUGUCAGUGAUGAUGUCAACGAGUAAAGAUGUUGCUAUGCAGAUGUGAUGUGAAUUCCUGUCUUUGACCACCAAUGUGAAAAUUAUAUUAGCCUUUAUCAUAUCGUUCUUUCUUCUCCUCACUCCGCUCUCUCUCUCUCUCUCUCUCUCUCUCUCUCUCUCUCUCUUCUCUCUUCUCUCUCUCUCUCUCUCUCUCUCUCUCUCUCUCUCUCUCUCUCUCUCUCUCUCUCUCUCUCUCUCUCGCUCUCGCUCUCGCUCUCUCUCUCUCUCUCUCUCUCUCUCUCUCUCUCUCUCUCUCUCUCUCUCUCUCUCUCUCUCUCUCUCUCUUCGCCACGGGCAACUGCUUCCUCAUUUUUUUCAGGCAACUGCGCUCUCUCCUUCCUUGUCAUAUGUGUUUUCUAGUUUUCUGGCUUGUUUUGGUCCUGAGGGCUUUUCACGCACACGCGCACGAAUAAUAAUGUUCCUAUCCUAUCUAACUUCACUAACCGUAUCUUUGAUGGUCUUUGCUUGCACUCGACCACUAUGUCACUGCGAGGUCUUUGCUUGCACUCGACCACUAUGUCACUGGCGCUGUGUAUUGCCUUACACUAGUAUUCGGCCGGCUCAUGGCUAUGUCCUCAUCCUUUUUACUUUCCCUUACCCCCUCCCCUCCCUCGCUCCCCUCGCACCGCGGUGUUCAGCCUCGGUUUUCUUUUGUUCCUGUUUUGGUGCCGGCAGCGGCAGCAGUCGUACAUCUGUGGUGGUGGUUUCUGUAUGCUACGUGUGGUGUUCCUCGGCUGUUCUACGGCGCUGUGUGCAUUCCAUUCACACCAUAUUAUCGUGUAGAGAGAACAAACGAGAGAGAGAGAGAGAUAUUGACGGAAAGAAAAUUUUGGAAUCUCUUCACCCCGUAUAUUUCCUAUGGUCGUCUGCUCUUGCAUGCGGUGAAUACACGACGUUGCUCACCUUUCCUUUGCUCUUUUUUCUCUUAAAAGGUUUUCAUUCCUUCCUCA